AUGGGCGAGUUUCGAGCAUCCCUUCUCACUGCAGGUAUCUUUAUUAGCGCUGGGCUUAACGCUUACUCUUCUCUUCCGCAGCUGCGAUGGCUUCCGUUGGUAUUCAUCAUACUAGCUAUCCUCAACAAUCGUUAUGGUUAUGGCUUGAUUCGCUUUCCCGGUCCAUUCUGGGCGACCACUACACACUGGUGGCGUCUGAGGGAGUGGUACGCAAACGGCAACAAACGGCCAUCCAUGCUUCAGCUCCACGCUAAGUAUGGGAGUAUCGUGCGUCUGGGGCCAAGCUCGCUCUCGUUUGCGUCGCCGUAUGCGAUUGAUGCCAUCUAUGGCCCGAAAGCUAACAUGGCAAAGACUGGGUUUUACACGUCGUUCGAAGCCCACGGUAAAGGCGAAAGGAAAGCGAACAUCUUCUCGACUCGAGAUAUUCAUUGGCAUGCGCGCUAUCGAGACCUUGUUAAGCAUAGCUUUAGCAUCGAUCAUAUCGGACAUAAAGAGGGGGAGAUCGAUAAUCUAAUCUAUAUCAUGCUGAGAAAGCUUGAUGACCAGCUUGGCGACGCCAUUGACCUUCCUAUGGCCAUCCAGUACUUUACUUUCGACGCAGGCGGUGUAUUCUCGUUUAGUCACUCUUUUGGUUUCCUACAGAAGUGGGGUGAUAUCGAUGGCCAGAUCGCUUCGACUCGUUCUGGAACGACGCAUUUGAGUAGACUGUCACAAGUACCCUUCUUCCAGUGGCUUGUUGAUCAGAAUCCGAUGGCGAAGUACUUUGGCUUCAUCACACCUCCAAUGGCUUUUUCGAAGAAGCACAUGCCCUGGAAAUUGGUAGAGCGAGAGCUGGAUGCACCUUUAAGGAAGCCUGAACGUCACGAUAUCCUCGAUGGAUACGUCAAAGCAUACAAGACGGAUCCAGGUGUUGUGGGACGCGAGGAAGUCGUAGAUCUGGCGCUCAUGACUGUGGUACCGAAUUCUGAAGCUAUUCGAACCGCCAUAUGCGUGCUCUUCUUCAAUUUGGCGCGGCGCCGCGACAUGCUGACAAAGGUGGAGGCGGAACUGGACGAUGCCUUCCCGGACAAGAACGCCAUCCCAGCGUGGAACAUAGCUUCCAAGCUUCCAAUUCUCGAUGCUUGCAUCAAAGAAACGUUCCGAAUCCACCCGUCGACUGGCUUCCUACUUGAAAGGAUCGUCCCAGCAGGUGGCGCCGUCAUUUGUGGCGAGUACGUGCCGGCUGGUACUGCUGUUUCCUGUCUCCAGUGGAUCAUACAUCGCCAUAAGCCGACUUUUGGUGACGACGUCGAAACUUUCCGACCGGAAAGAUGGCUCGACGCUGCACCCGAGCAAAGGGCCAAUAUGGAGAAGUUUCUCGUUCCUUUCGGCUAUGGUUCACGACUAUGUCUUGGCCGCGAUAUUGGCUUGUUCGAGGUCUACAAGAUCGCUGCAACUGUUUUGAACAGAUAUAGAGUACAUCUCGAGACACCAGAGCAGGAGAUGAAAUACACAUGGGGUAAUAUCGUGAACGUUGACUACACGGCACGACUAGAGCGGCGUUGA